GCCCCAGCAUCUAAUUUCAUCCGUGAAGACUCCUCAUACGCGCCUGCUGCUGUGGAAUAUACGCUAUGAGUUACUGUUGACGAUGGGCCUGUUUUCUAAAAACAACCUGUUGAAAGUGUUUCUCCUUGAUCCUGCCUCCUGGUAAAUGUGUAUGGGAGAUAUUAUUUCGCCGCUUGGUUGCCAUGGCAGAAAGGGAAGGUGUCUGAGCGGUGUCAACUUUUAUUCACAUGGCGCUUUUCUCGCUCUGAACGCAGUCUGCAUGUUAAUGUACUGGAGAUAAACCGCUUCACAUCGCAUUGAGGAGCUCCGGGAGAGUUUGACGACUUGGGACAUCGAGCGCAUAACUGUUUUCGCCUGGAUAAGAGCGAAACGACGAGGCCACCGAAGAGGCCGUUUUCUUGGGCAAAGCACCACUAAUUUCUAACAUUCUUCUUUGCUUGUGUUUGACAGACAGCCGCCAUCAUUCCGUGCUGCAAGGGUGACCCCAAAAUGUCUUCCAACGGCGAUCUGCAAGACGUUGGGACCUGGGACAGCUUCUGGGAGCCUGGGAACUACAAGAGGACGGUUAAGCGCAUUGACGAUGGCUACAAACUAUGCAAUGAGCUGGUCAGCUGCUUCCAGGAGCGUGCCAAGAUUGAGAAGGGCUAUUCCCAGCAGCUGAGUGACUGGGCCAGGAGAUGGAGGGGUGUUGUGGAGAAAGGCCCACAGUAUGGGACUAUGGAAAAGGCCUGGCAUGCUUUCAUGAAUGCGGCAGACAGACUGAGUGAGAUCCACAUGGAGCUAAAAGAGAAACUGGUUGUUGAGGACAGCGAAAAGAUUAGAAACUGGCAGAAGGACGCCUUCCACAAGCAAAUGAUUGGUGGGUUCAGGGAGACCAAAGAUGCCGACGAAGGCUUCCGCAAGGCUCAGAAACCCUGGGUCCGAAAACUGAAGGAUGUGGAGUCUACCAAAAAAAGUUAUCACCAAGCCCGGAAAGAAGAGCGCACUGCAUUGACCCGUGAAACUCAUGCCAAGGCUGACCCCACCAAAUCCCAAGAUGAGGUCCGCAAGUUCACAGACCGCCUGGAGAAGUGUACUCAAGAGGCAGAGAAGGCUAAGGAGCGUUAUGAGAGAGCCUUGGAUGAGCUGAACCGCUGUAACCCGCGUUACAUGGAAGACAUGGAGCAAGUGUUUGAAAUCACACAGGAGGCAGAAAAGAAGAGGCUGUGCUUUUUUAAAGAAGUGCUGCAGGACAUACACCAGCACAUGGAUCUCUCCAGCAAUGAUGGAUUCCGAGCCCUGUACCGAGACCUCGGCCAGACCAUUAACGCAGCCAAUGACGCGGAGGACCUCAGGUGGUGGAGGAACACUAAUGGACCUGGCAUGAGCAUGAACUGGCCCCAGUUUGAGGAGUGGUCACCAGAAGCAAACCGAUCCAUCAGUCGAAGAGACAGAAGUCAUUCUGAUGACGUGGUCACUCUGACUAAUAUUGUCUCAGCGGGAGACGAACCCCCGAAGACUCCACAGGAAACUACAAGGGCGGGUAAAGACUACUCCUCGGACUGGUCUGAUGAAGAGAGCCCCAAAAAAUACAUCGCAGCUAAUGGGAUGGAUGAGGAGGAGAAGGUAGUCGGGGUUCGCGUUAAAGCGCUGUAUGAUUACACAGGGCAGGAGGCUGAUGAGCUGAGCUUUAAAGCAGGUGAAGAGUUAAUGAAGCUGGGUGAGGAGGACGAGCAGGGCUGGUGUAAAGGACAACUGGUCAGCGGAGAAAUAGGCCUCUACCCUGCUAACUACGUCCAAGUCAUCACAUCUUGAUCACCCGCUUUACCCUGGAUGAGACCCACAACUUUUCGGUGGCGGCCGUAAGGUGACGUCACACUGAACUACGGCAGUUGUCGAAAACACAGCCCCGCAACUGCAUGAUGAUUGAAUGCCACGACGCGUGAGGAGAUCAGAGAGGAGUGCGCAGUUCAGUGUUUUAUUUUUUAUUUACGCUGACACGCUAGAGGACUUUAAGAAUAGUUAGUCCCCCUUUGUCCUUGAGCUUAUUGAAAGAUCAGUGCCUUUAUUGUAAAAUGCCACAGACAUUCACAACACGGCUAUUAAUGCAGCACAGCUGAACGGACGCAUCAUUUAAAUGAUUUUGUUCACAGGAAAACGCGCGCCACGAGACGCCACUGUUUCGAUAGAUAAUCACCGCAGUCCUCUUGUUUUAGUAUGUCACAUUUCAGUUCUGUAUCUGAAUCAUUUCAAGUAUUUGAUCAAAUCUACGCUGACUUUAUAUAUUCAGGUUUUGCGAAUCUUUCAUGAGAAGCGUGUUAGUGUGUUGAUAUAUUUUGUGUAAUGUGUUAGAUUGUUCGAGUUAAACUGAAUAUUUCUUUGGCUGUAGUUCAAAAUCGAAGGAUUUUUCAUUGCAUAUAAUUACCUUUAUGUUUUCACUAAGAUAUAUGGAUUUAUAAUAUACAAACUAUCACUGGGCAGAUGCUCUUAGUUUAAUUCGUGAUUCUUGGAUUCUUGUCAAGGGAUCCGGGAGGAGAUUCUAAAGUCUUUUUGGUGGGAUUAUUUUACUUUUUUUAAUUUAUCUCUUUGUUUUUAUUUGGAGUGCAGGAAAGUUUCUUGUUGUCAGUUGAUAUAAAGUAUGAGAGAAUGGGCAAAACCUCUGGGCUUCUUGUGGUCUUGUAAGGGUGCAUGUGAGAGUGCUCAUGGGAAAUAUUUCUGUUUCCACAUGCUCUGCCUCCAGUGUGCCCCACUGUGAACAUGGUUUUACAUGAAACUACUGUAACAGCCAAUACUGAUCAAUGUAAAAAUACCAAAUAAACGUGAAUGAGAUUCUUAGUGUC